AUGGCAAAACCAGUGGACUUGGAACUGAAAAAAGCAUUUAUUGAAUUGCAACUUAAAAUGGUGGAAACCAGUGAAAAAAUUCAAGUGAUAGAUUCUCAAAUAGAAGUACUCAAACGCGUCUUGCAGCAUGUAGAUAUUACUCAACGAGAGAUCAGUACAUUUCCACCUGCGACUAAAACUUACGAAUCCGUUGGCAGAAUGUUCCUCCUCACCGACUUAGAUGAGGUCAAGAACAACUUAAAGACACGAAAGUCGCAAUUAUCGACUCGUAUAACAGAAUUAGAGAACAAUACACAGUAUUUAGAGAAGAAUCUGAAAGAGAGUGAAGACAACAUCAGAGAAAUGGUACAACAGAGGAAAGAGCAAAGUGACGCUAAAUCUAACUAA